AUGCCUGCACGAACUGUCCAGAAUCCCUCGGCACUCAUUGGCAACGUUCCGGUCCUCGAUGGAAAUUCUGUUACCUUUCCAGCCUGGCGUACCCGACUUGAAGAUCUCCUUGCGAUUCAGGGGGUGCACGACAUUGUCACCGGAAAGCUUUCUCGACCUGAAACUGACUAUAAGGACGCUAAACCGGUAGCCCAAGGCUCUCAGCGGGUGUACUUUGCCGAGGAAUCCGGCACCGACUGGGAUUCUUUAUCCGAAGUGGCUCGGGCCACUAUGAAGAUGACGCUAUCGGUUGACUUGGCGAUUCAAUACAAAGACCUGAAGCCCGCCAGUUUCCUUUUCAAGACCAUCUGCGACGCGUAUGAGAAAAAUACUCGGGCGAGGCGGAUGAUGCUAGAAGACUCAUUCUGGUGCGCUCGACAUGAUUCAAAUCAGCCAAUUGCGAAAUGGAUCGCAAAGAUACGCAAUGCGGCAUCUGAUCUCAAAUCCGUGAAGCUCACUCCGGCCGAUCAACAAAUCUGUGAUCGACUCCUGCGUGGUCUAGACGACACUUGGAAGCCGAUUCGGGACCAUCUUGUCUAUUCGCCUAACGAGAUCUCUCUCGACGACGCCAUUGGGGCGCUUGAGGCUCAUGAGGUUUCCAUGCAAGUGACGUUUGACCACUCGGGCGAGAACUAUGCGGCGGCGGCUGUAACGAAACCAAAGAAACGGCUCGGCUGCUGGAACUGCGGACAAACUGGCCACCACUCCUCCGCGUGUCCUAACCCCUCUCUAAAGAACAAGUCAAACGCAACAGCAAAAUCAGCUGUAGCGCGAGCUGGCGCGACCUCUGCGGCACCUCUCCGCAAUUGCGGACCUAGCGAUGAUGAAGAUGACGACAUCUUGGACAAAGAAAUCGACGUCGUAUGGGGAUGA